GAACAAAAAUUACCAAAAAAAAUUGAAAGCUCUCAUCCUUUCCUCAUCACUUGUUCAGCCAGAGAAGGAAAAUUGAAUCCUUGCGUUGUGAGACCAUGAUGCCCAAUAAUUCAAUCUCAUCUAUCAGUGGACCAGACUCAGACUAUGUCGGUGCAAGAGAAAUUGUCACGGGUGGUUUGCAGAGUACAUCACGGGUGAGGGGAAGAAAGCUUGUAAAUGGUAAAGUGCAGGCUUGUUACAAAACUUCUUCACGCAUCCCCUUCGGCCUACAGAGGAAAAAAUUUCUCUCCCCAAAACCUUACACAGCUCUGCUCUCUCUCCCCCACCCCCACGCCUUCGGAUUCCGGCGACGCGACGCCCACCCAGAUCGGAGACGCCACCCUAGGACGACGACUAACAGUGUCGCCACCCACUAUCUGAAGAAGAUUUAUAUCUUGUGUGACAGAUCUCUAGGAGGAACGGAUUGUGUUAAAGAUAAUCAUUAACAGCCGUUGUUCUAGGAGUCAGCUUGGGUCUUGGAAGGGCGAAGCUUUGAAGAAGAUUUAUAUCUUGUGUGACAGAUCUCUAGGAGGAACGGAUUGUGUUAAAGAUAAUCAUUAACAGCCGUUGUUCUAGGAGUCAGCUUGGGUCUUGGAAGGGCGAAGCUUUGAAGAAGAUUUAUAUCUUGUGUGACAGAUCUCUAGGAGGAACGGAUUGUGUUAAAGAUAAUCAUUAACAGCCGUUGUUCUAGGAGUCAGCUUGGGUCUUGGAAGGGCGAAGCUUUGAAGAAGAUUUAUAUCUUGUGUGACAGAUCUCUAGGAGGAACGGAUUGUGUUAAAGGUUUUGCUUUCUCGCUGCAAUCCAUCACUGAGGUUGUAAGAAAAUCUCUCCGGCAGCACUCUCUCUCUCUCUCUCUCUCUCCUGCCACCCAUUGCACACAGCCUCUUCAAUUCUGUACUUGAGCUCGAGACAUGGCAGUUCAUCAAGGUCCUUACCUAUUUUGCCUCUUAGCCUUGGUCUUGGCCUCCUUGACUAUUGUACAUGCAGAACAUAGUAGUCAUACGAUUGAACCUUUUAAUCGGAGCAGUUUUCCUACUGAUUUUAUAUUUGGAACUGCUACUGCGGCAUACAUGAUUGAAGGAGCAACAAAUAUUGAUGGCAGGGGGCCGUGCACCUGGGAUAUUUUUGUGAAGAGACAUCCAGAAAAAAUUCGAGAUGGUAAAAAUGCAGAUGUAGCCUGUGACUUUUAUCAUCGGUAUAAGGAGGAUAUACAAUUGUUGAAAACGAUUGGAUUGGAUUCAUUUAAAUUUUCAAUCUCAUGGACCAGAGUAUUACCAAAGGGCAAAAUAAGCGGGGGAGUGAACCCACAAGGUGUCAAAUUCUACAAUGACCUUAUCAACGAGCUUUUGUCCAAUGGUAUCAAGCCCUUAGUAUUUCUCAUGCACUUUGAUCCUCCUCAAGCACUUGAAGAUGAAUAUGAUGGACCCUUAAGUCCCAAGUUUGUGAAUGAUUUUCAAGAUUAUGCGGACUUUUGCUUCAAGACUUUUGGGGAUCGAGUUAAACUAUGGGUGACAAUGAAUGAGCCCAUUGCUAUGAGCAUCGGUGGGUACAGCACUUCUAAUUUUCCACCCGGAAGAUGUUCGAGUUACGUUCCCAAUUGCACCGCCGCUGGUAACUCUGCCACUGAGCUUUAUAUUGUUGGACACAAUUUGCUUCUUGCUCAUGGAGCCGUUGUGAAAUUAUACAAAGACAACUACCAGCCACAUCAAAAGGGGCAAAUUGGGCUGGCUAUGUAUAGCACUUGGGUUGAGCCAAAAGACAACACAUCUUCUAGCCAUGAGGCCGCCUCUCGAUAUAUGGACUUUGUGUUUGGAUGGUUUGUUGAACCAGUUAUAUAUGGUGAUUAUCCUGAGAGAUUGAAGUUUGCAUUGGGGAGUCGACUGCCCAAAUUCACCGAAGCUCAAUCCAAAUUGGUAAAAGGGUCGAUUGAUUUUCUUGGUUUAAGCUAUUAUUCUGCAGGUUACGCAAAAACCGUUUCCCCAGCAAACGGUGUCAACGUUACUUUUUGGACCGAUGUGCAAGCCAAUAUCACCAGUACGGGAUACAUCCAACCAGAGGGAUUGCGAAAGCUCCUUUUAUACAUAAAAGGAAAAUACGACAAUCCAGCUAUAUACAUCACAGAGAACGGAAUUGGUGGUAGAGAUCUUCAAGAUGUUGCGAGGAUCAAAUACUAUCACCUACAUUUAUUAUCGCUUUCAAAAGCUAUCAAGGAGGGCGCAAAUGUGAAGGCACACUAUUCGUGGUCAUUUCUUGACGGCUUUGAAUGGGACAAUGGUUACCUCAUUCCGAAUGGCUUAAUUUUUGUGGAUUUUAAGGAUAAUUUGAAAAGACACCUCAAGGAUUCUUGUUAUUGGUUCAAGAAGUUCCUCUUAAAAUGAGCUAUAAAAAAACAUGUGAAUAUAUUAUAAUUAUUUACAUAUUAGAAUUAUUAUUUGGAAAAUACAGAGAAUUGCUCAUUAAGCAAUCUCUAGCAGGAAAUUUGAGAUUUGCCUCCAUUGGAAUUAUAAUUUCUAUUUACUGUGUAUUUCUCAAAUUAGGAUUUGCUCAGCAUUUCCUGAAUUAUCUUGCCAAACUUUAUCAAAGCCUAUCGCUUUCGUUGAUUA